AGUUUCCAGCUGCUCUCGCUGUCUGCGGAUUCAGCGGUCUGUGGGGGGGAGUUACUGCCUCACUGACAUUUUCUGGAAUACAACUGAGCUUCAAGUCACUGCAACAGUUGUCGGACAACCAGAGGUGCCGUCGGGUGAGGUGAAGAUGGUGGACCGGCUUGCGAACAGCGAGGCCAACUCCAAGAGGAUCGCAGUGGUGGAGGGCUGCUUCGGCGCUGCGGGCCAGCCGCUGGCCAUCCCCGGCCGCGUGCUGAUCGGCGAGGGCGUCCUCACCAAACUCUGCCGCAAGAAGCCGAAGGCGCGCCAGUUCUUCCUCUUCAACGACAUCCUGGUCUACGGCAACAUCGUCAUCCAGAAGAAGAAGUACAACAAGCAGCACAUCAUCCCGCUGGAGAGCGUCACCAUCGACACGGUGCCUGACGAGGGCGACCUGCGCAACGGUUGGCUCAUCAAGACGCCCACCAAGUCCUUCGCAGUCUAUGCCGCCACCGCCACAGAGAAGUCCGAGUGGAUGAACCACAUAGGGAAGUGCGUGGAGGACUUGCUGCAGAAGAGCGGCAAGGCCCCGACGGGCGAGCAUGCAGCCGUCUGGGUGCCCGACUCCGAGGCGACGGUGUGCAUGCGCUGCCAGAAGGUGAAGUUCACGCCGGUCAGUCGCCGCCACCACUGCAGGAAGUGCGGCUUCGUGGUUUGCGGGCCGUGCUCAGAGAAAAAGUUCCUCCUGCCCAGCCAGUCUUCCAAACCCGUCCGUGUCUGCGAGUACUGCUUCGUGCAGCUGACAUCAGGAGGUCUCGCGCCGCGCUCGGACUCCAUCAGCCGGCCGGGCUCAAAGUUCAACAGCAACAACCUGUCGGACGAUGACGACGAAGACGACAGCAGUGACUGAGCAACGGACCGUCCUCCCGACGGCGUCUCGUCCCCACGUCGAGGAGGAAGUACUUCUUUUUUUCUUUUUGUUUCUUUCGCCUCCCAGAUGAUCGAAUCUUUUUCUCCACCGUGAGACGAAUUCCACCUCUGAGGAUUAAUUCACUUUGGUGUUCCAGUCUCAAACCAAAAUAUUUAAUUAUUCCUCUAAUUCCAGCAAGGAUAAAUAUUUUCCCGACCACAGGGAUUAAACAGUGAAACGUGGAAUUAACUGAGUGAUUAGAAGAACUCUGGGAAAAACGACUUGACUCUUGACUCUUAUCGCUUCCACUCAGUCCGCCUCUUCUCUCUGAACUCUUAAUUAGGCUGCAAUUAGUCACUACAGAACACAAUGGUGCUAAUGAGAAACACCCUCUGCUCUCCUCCUAAGUUAAUUCCAACUAAGAGGCUUCUUUUUCCUCCCAUCUUUCUGUCACUUCUUUUAACUGUAUGGCCAUGAACUACCCAUGGCGAUUGCUCGUAAUGUCUGCAGGGAAAAGCAAAUGUUUUGGCUCUAACCUUUAUCUCCUCUGUCCUUCAGGUAUCGCACCAAAAAGGGCUUUUUUGUAAUGGAAGUUUGGUAUUUUUCCGCCCUGUUUUGUAAAUUUAUCUCCAGGAAGAUGUCAAGCUGAAGCAAAGAUCCCUUUUAUAAAUAACAAAAUGUAGAUAUUUCGCUAAACCCAGAGCUUUUCUAGUUGACCUAAUAUAGUUGCUUCUGACAAAUCAGCUGAAGCUUGUCUCACAGGGAGUGUGUUUGUCUCCGCUAACACACUUUUGUGAGUUCAGUUUCUACGCGGCUUCAAAAACUAACUCUACCUUUUGCCUGUACCGUCACAUAGUGCCUUCUAGAAAACUGAGCUCAGCCUUCAAGUGAGAAAAAGGUUGUUUGUUAAUGAAUCCAGGCUGCCGUAAAACAGGGACUUCAUGAUAGGUUGACUCUGAAACGCAUUACAUAGGAUGGAGGUGUUGUGUGCUUCAGUGCAUGUGUGCUGCAAACAAGAGAGCCGGGAGAUUACUAACCUGCCGACGGACAGGAAGAGUUCGUUCUCUACCAGACAAUUGAAACCCGCCGUCAGACACUGACUCUCGGGUUAGGAUGUGUUUAAAAAGCCAAGCACUGGUUUUCAGAUUGAGCUGAAAGGCAUUUAUUCCACUACUGAACGACCUGAACGACCCCUAAUCAAGGUCUAGUUCUUGCCUUCUGUUUUACAUGCAGAAUGUUUUGGAUGGACGUCUUUGAAUAGACACACCGAGACAAACGUCAUCGUUUUUAUGCAACGUUUGGUAAAGGAGUGCCAGAUGGGGAACAGUUGCAUUUAAAUGCAAAUCAGUGUGAUUAGAUUAAUAAAGGGCCCCACCUGCAGUAAGACAGAGAGGGGAAAACAUCAGAACCUGCUACUGUCAGAGCUUCUGGGCUUCAGAGUUUCUGUGCAGCUUUAGUGGAAGAAAUGGGUCACGACUGCACUCCCUCACACCAACACUAACAAACGUUAGGAAAAUAUUUUAAACCCGUCACACACUCUCCAACACUUUGCACAAACAAAUGCAUAACGAGGCUGCGAAACACACGUCAGGUCUUCUGAAUCCGAAUACCGUGGCUACACAUUCAGUCACAGUUCAGUUUCUGUAGUGGUUCAUUUCAAUUCAAUUUAAUGUCUUGUUUAACUUUGGAUUUACUGUGAUCUGGAAGAUGAUGCAGAAAUGGUGUUAUGCUCCUCAGAGCAGUGAGAUGGUCUGUCUGGGUAAAGUGAAUGAAAUGAAAUGCAAUAAUCAGGAAGUGUUAGGUUAGCUUGCGUUUUCUUUUGUAAUCACAUGAUCCUGUCUUGCAUCAUAGUCUGAGUAGCUCAGGUGGUUUGCAGUUACUGGACAGAAACAGUCAGGAAGCCGGCGUGUCGUCUUCCUGUCAGUGGCCCUUCCCUGCGCUGCUCUGAGGUCAGAGGGCCACGUUGUGUCACAAAACAAACGCACCCUUUCUGAACUCUGCUCCUCCCGCCUGGCGGAGUUGUGUAAACCUUCUCUCCCAGCCUCUGCCAACACAAGCUAACACGGCCGUCCUUCCCGCCUUCCUUCCUUUUCCAGAACUUUCCUCUGAAAAAGCACAGUUUUCUGAUCAUGUGACAUGUGUGUGACCUAAAUCGGGAUCAGGCGCUGAACCAGGAAGUGAAAAAGGCUGCUUGGGGGGAAUUAUGAUGAACUACCUGUCACUGCACAGAGUUCAGGUUCAGUAGCUCUCACAGAUGUUCAUGUCAUCAGUUUGUGCCGUGAAGAGUUUCAUUCCUUCUGGAGCAGCUGCAGGCAGCAGUGACUCAGCCCACCCCAUCAUUUUCUUCAUGUUUCACAAAUGUGGCUGCAGUUUUGUAAGUUGGUAUGGUCCAUUUUGGGAUCCAGAACCUUUUAAUAAAUUAGCAAAUGAAUAAUUUAGGUUUAAGUCAUCGUAUUUGUGUGUUUUUCUUUGGUCUACACAGUCCUUAGUAUCCGAAACCGGGCCCAGGGCCUCGGGUGCUACUGGAUUGUCAGUCCUGGUCCAAUUCGGUCAGAAGGGGUCCUGCUUUUAUGCUGCAUGGGUCACUAUUUAAUGGGAAAUUCACACCAGCAGAGUCCUAACGUGCAUCAUUGUGUUACGCUGAGACGCGUCGAUACUCAGUGUAUCAGAAAAGCAGCACUUUGGCCAUCUUUGCUCUCUGGAUCAGCACAUCACACCAGCUGUGCAGUACACGUGGUGUGUGUUACACUCGUCAAGUGGCAAAGUGUUGCACUUCUGAAAUCACUCCGUUUGCCAGAUAACAUUAACCGUAUAUAGAUUCCUGAUACGUGUACGGCCCUUAGACAGUGCUUUCUGCUAAAACUGAACACUCUUGUGACACAAAUUAGGAGGAUUUCCACCCGAAAGUGUGUGAGAUCUCAUUUUCCUGCUCUGUUGAGCGCCUGUUGUAAAUGUAGUAAUGGGUGAGCGAACAUGGUGGUGAUCUGGGCUGCAGCUCUGCACCAGCCAUGUAGCAGCAGCCGCCAAGAAAACGGACUCGAAGCGGAAAGAAACAUUUCGUCGCAGCUCUGAGAGUAAAAUGUGAUCCUUGAACGCCGUAUCAGCCCGGUCAGCUGUGGUCACGUGGCGUGUACGCAUUUUCACAGGAGGAAAGCGUGUCAUUAGAGGCAGAUGGAGAGUGUGGACUGUAAACAUGGCUGCUGUUCAGUGGGGGAGCAUCAUGAUGCUGCUGGUGUUGGUGUUUUCUCUCUGAUUGGAUUUGUUGGACCAGGUCUGACGUCCGUUUUUGGACUGAGUAGCUUUCCGUGGAUCAGCUUCGGAUCGUUUAAUUCGUCUGCGGCUUGCUUGACGAGCAGAACAGAUGUUGGAAUGAAACUCUCCAGAGGUGCACUCUAAUACAAACCAGUAAAGAUGAGAUGUCUGCGAAACAAGACGCUUCUUAUUUGACCUUUCACCUGAGAUCAAACAGGGAAAAAAAAAAUCAGUUGUUGCUGCAUCUGGCAGAAGAUGAACAGCUCAACCUCUACGAGCGACGCUGGCUCACUGUGCGAGUGUCUCCAGGUGUUUAUCUACAUGACUGAACAGUCAGAGCGUUAUCUUUGUACGCAGUCCGUUAUCUGCAUUUCUGCCGCGGUGAAAAACUCCUCGUCUGAACUGCGGCUCAAAGCGGCAGAGCGGGAGAAGAAAGGGAUCAUUUUCUUUUAUGUCUUUUCGAUUGUACAAAUUUACCUUGCUGUUAAUGUUGCUGCAAUAAAAGCGAGCGAAGUGAUUGGAGGAAUGAACGUCGAUGAUCACUAACCAGCUGUCCUUUAUACUCACCGUGGCUGAGGUGCUGAUGGAGGAGACGACGCCGCCGUCAAACCCCGAAGCGCGGCAUCCGGCCUCAGGUUUGCUGUGGAUUGCACUUAACAAAGUUGGCACAUUGACUUUGAUCCAGGUUGAGUUAUCGCUUCAUACUGUUAGUUUUAAAAUGAAUCUGGUUGUUUUAAUCCUGUUGAUUUUUGUACAUUUGUACAGAUGUGUUUUGGGUCUGUUUGUUUUAGUUGUACAGUUCUGAUCAGUUCUGAAAUGAUGCUGUUUCAGUUCUCCCUGUGCUCAUCCAUCCUCCUCUUCCUCCUCCUCCUCCUCUCAGUCACAUCUCAGCAGCAUCUGCAGCUUUGCCACACUCAUGCAGCAGUCGCAGCAGAGACUCACGUCUGUGUGUUAAUGAGCCCUGUCCUCAGUGUCUCUUCAGCAGGUUUGACCUCCUGUUGACAGAUUCAGUGCGUCUGCAUACACUCACACGAGCCAGAUUAGUCAACUGUAAACCAGAAACUGGUAGAUUUCUUGUGGAAAGACGAUUUCUUGGCCAUGUUUGAGGGUAACUGGGUUUCUAAUCAGCUUUUUACAUGCAUGCAUGUGCAGGACACAGACUUCAGACAGAGGAAACAUCGACAAGUCUAAAUCGGUUGUUUCUGCAGCUGAACAUUUGACUGUUAAAUUCAGACACUUUGUUUCUGUGAGGACUGAGCUCCGAUCAGGUAUUAGUGCGCAAGCUUUAAAAAUCUAAUGUGACUGCAUGUGUGCAUGUAUUUACUGUCACUACAGUGCAUGUAGUGACAGUAAAUAGUUAUAGGCUUCAUUUGUGUUCCACAGCUGAGUGACUGUCACAACCUGAAAUACAAAACAACCUCCAGACACAAACAGGAUUUCACACCUUAUUAUUGUGUUUUUAUUUUAUUUUCCAGCGUAGUUGAAGCUGAUGUGCUUUAGCCUUCAUCGUCCAGCUGUUUGGACACUGUGAGCUUUACUUUACAUUAAAAAAGCUGAUUUGAACACGGCUUUGACUAAGAAAAUGACACAAGUAAUUACAUCAGUGGCUUUGAUUUUCAUUGUCAUUUGAAAGAUUUGUUUAAAAGUCAAAUUAAUGAACAUCAAAAAAGCAUCCAGGUGCGUAUGGAUCUCAGGUGAACCAGUGGAGCAGUGAAACGAUGCUGCAGGUUCAUAAAUUCAUUGAAACCAGACAGUCAGUUGUUGUCAGCAGCCUCGUCCUGCUGUUCAACUCUUACUGUGUGACAUUAUGAGAUAAAUGGAAGUCCAGCACCUGUGCUGGAAAGUAACUAAUUGCAAGUACUUAAGUACAAUUUCGGGUACUUUAUGGUGCUUCUACUCCACUACAUCUCAGAGGCAAAUAUUGCUGCACUACAUUUAAUGAAUUCAAAAUUAGCAGCUAACUUUAGUUACUUUGCAGAUUUAGAGUAUUAAUACAAAUUAUGAAUCACCUAAUCAAUGAGUUAUUGUUAUCAGUUUAAAUAAGACUUAAUUGAUCCUUGGGGAGGGGGGUAAAUUCUCGGGCUACACAGAAUUAGCUCCAUCUUUACUAACUGCAGCAUUAAAGUGAUGAACACAUGAAUGCAUCAGUAAUAUAAUGUAAUAUGGGCAUCAUGAGUACUUUUGAUUGUUACACUUUUACUGAAGUAAAAAUCUGAAGGCAUCAUUCUACACUGUGGGAUUUCUACUGAAACCACUACUGCUACUACUUCUCUUGCCACCACUGUUGAGCAGUAACCAGUUACACCCAGCACAGCUCACAAACUGGAGAUCGUCCAUGUUUCCCAGUAAGAUUGACAGUAACUCCAGAGUAAAGCUUUACACUACAGCUGUUCCAGCCCACUGAGCCCAGUGCAGCUCUUCUCUUACCAGUAUCCAGGGUGGAGUUGCCCUUUACCACUGGUCUCUUCUGCUGGCGCUGCGUUUGCCUGCAGCCUCGCAGCAGCUGAUACCUGGAACAACACAGAUCCCUGCUGUUGCGGCUCUGCUUCCAUGUUCUCGGCUACAGUCGUGUGACCUCAUGAGAAGAGAAAAGCUGCAGAUCCUGAGAUUUGACGAGGAGAGAAAAUAACGAGGAGGCACGUUGGGACAGCCGAAAGAGAAAUCAUUGUGUUUUGGUUUAGUUGUGCGAGCCGCUCACUUCCUGUCUCAUGGAUUUUAAUGUUCUCUCUCUGUUGAUGGUUUAAUUUUUGGUGUUUUUCUUAGUUUUUUUUUUUUUUUUGAUCAUUUUAAUUCUUUUUAAAAGCUUAUAAAAAGGGCUCCAAUCAUAAUGUAACCCAGCAUAUCAUUGUUCAUGACUAAUUCCUUCAGAAACCUUUAAGUAUAUAUUAUAUAUGAAUAAUGAACUGCUUAAAGUCA